AUGGGGUGGAACUGCUUGCACACGGAAAAAAAUCUCUCUGUCCUCUACAGUCCGUUUUGCAUCGACUACCUCAUCUUCAUUGCCAUUCCCAACGUUGCGGUGGCUUUUGUUAUACCUCUGUUCACUUACCUGGGAAUCAUCAUCAUCUUGAGGAGAAGAAAGCUGAGAAUGAAAGCAUGUGGACAAGCUACUGGCACCUACAAAUCGGCUGAAACCCAGGUCGCCAGAACCAGUAUUUUUAUUUGGCUCCUGGCACUGAUCUCCUACGCCCCUUUUUUUGCGGGAGUCCUGUUCGAUGCAACCACCCACCAGUGCCACGCCGACCUCUACCCAGGCGUGUACGUCUUCCGAAACUGCACGGCCAUGCUGAUCACCAUGAACUGCCUGGGAAACCCCAUCAUCUACACCCUGAAAGGGGAAUCGGAAGAACUGAGAGGCUUGCUUCAGAAUCCGCAUCUCAGGCAGCUGCUGCUGACGGUCGACCAAGCAGAAGACAAAAGCUCCCUCAUGAAGAAGUACAUGCAGGAGCCGUUAUUUGUUGAGUUUGCGGACUGCUGUCUGAGGAUCGUUGAGCCUCCGGAGAAGGAGAACAUUCUUCCCGAGUGA